CUGAGAAAAUGUUACACCUUAACUUUUGUAUAGUCCCCGUAAAGUGUAAAACAAUUCCAUUUCAUCAAGAUAAAUAGAGUCAAAAUUGCACUUUAAAGACUUAAAAAUGCUCUAGAAGCAUUUUGCUACAAUUGAAAUAAACUUAAGUCAAUUACUUGUAACGAAAAACCGCCCACAUCUGUCCAAAAUCAGGUUUGAAAGUAAAUAAUCGAAACUCUGAGUCACUAAAAAGGCAAAAAAAACACAACAACAACAACACAAAAUCAAGUUGGAAGAAUCAAAAAUUUGAUUUUACAAUGGAGUCAUCAUUAGAGCUACUUUCUCGUGCUGCAUUAAACGUACAGGAACAUGAAGCCGCUAUGGAACUCAGUAAGCUGCCAGCAAAGAAGAAACUUCUCUCGCAACUCAAGCAUCAACAGCAACAAAAUGCCAUACAAAAUCAAGCACCACCGAGCCAAUCUAGUAUAUCGAUAAUCCCUGUCAAUCAAGCUCAUCUAACAUCAAACUCAAGUAAUUCCAAGGAUCCCGAACCGAUGGAGCAGGACGAUGAAGAAGAUAUUAAUGUUCAUGAUGAUGAUAGCCCAUUAGACAUGCGAAUAACAAAACACGAUUCCGAUAGUGACACUGUUCGUCCUUCCGUCAUUCGUAGGGCACCUUCGUUCAAAGAAACCUCGAACUCACCAAUUCGCGAUCCAACAUCAACAUGUGAUCCUUUUAUCGAUGAACAUUUUCGUCGAUCUCUUGGUACUGAUUAUGAUCUCAUUAUGCGCAACAAGAUGGAACAGAAGCAAUUAGCACUACAACAGCAGCAACAACAGCAACGUUUGAUUGACGAGCAAAUAAUGAAUCAACAAAAGCUCCAACAGCUUGCUGCAAUUCAGGCUCAACAACAGCAACAGAAUACAAUUAAGCUCACUCAUCAUAAGAAGCAUCAGAUUCAUCAGCAUCAUCAGGCGAUGUUGGCUGAAAAACACAGUCAAGCGAUUGCAACACCGCCAACAACUCCAUCACCACCAAUCAUAGCACAACUGCCAACACCGACUGUUUCAGUUCCACCACCACAGCCACAGAAGCAAGUGAUAAUCACUGAACCAGAUGAUUCUGACGAAAUGUCAGUUGACGAUCAUUUCGCAAAAGCUCUCGGCGAUAAAUGGAAGCAAAUUCAGAACGAGGGUAAAUGAACACGUAAUCGAUGGCCUUUCACUUACGUCUAAUCGAAGAAGAAUCAAAGGUUCUCUCAAGGACGUUACAAUUUCCUUAAAAUGACUUCCUUUAAACUCAACUAGGUGGCAAUCUGACAUGCUUUCUUUCUCAUCCAUCAUCUUGAUGGAUUUUUUUUUAAAAUAGUUUAAAAUGAUUAUUUUUUAGAUAUCUACGAUUAUGAUAUUUUUUCCCCUUUUUUUUUGGUUUGAAAACUGCAAUGCGGGUGACAAUCUUGUUGCGAUAAUUUCUUUUAUUAAUUUCUUUCUUCUUGUUUAGCAAAAAGAAUGGAAGAUGAAAUGCCUUAGCUCAAUACAUAUGACUUGCCUAAACGUGCUGAGCAUCACAUAUUUUUUUUAUGUUUUAACCGAAAAUGAUUAAAUGUAAGAUCAUUGACAUUAGAAAUCGUUGACUUUGCUUAUUAAUCGAUAAUUGGAAAAUCCAAGCGAGAUUUAAAUUGUAAUUUCAUCUCAAUGAUUUAAGUUGAAGUUAAUACGUUAAUCACAUGAAUUUUAUUCUCUUUUCGCCUUUUUUUAAAAGUAAGUUUUAUAGCAGCUUGGAGCUCUACCCGCACAUGUCCAAUAAGGAAAAAAACUCAAUGAUGAUUAAGUGAUACAAGGAUUUUAACUAAAAUUUUAGCGAUGUUAAGUCUGGGAUGAAUGUGAGUCUUCACUCAUUAAUAAUGAAUAGUUUUUUAGGUGGUGCAGUGAUCAAGCCACAAAGAUUUAAUGAUUUUCGUCGCUUUAUCGUGACAAAUUUAUGAUUGAAUGAAAGGAAGAAAGAAGAGAAAAAAAAACUAUUUUUAAGGGUCGGACUAAAAAUCUGCGUUUUUUAUUAUUAUUAUUAUUAUUCAACUGAUGGAAACGAUUGUGAAGAUUUUUUAGAGUUUAAUAUAAAAAAAGAAAUAAAAAUUGAAGAAAAUUUUUUAAAAACUUAUUUUUAUGACUGAGAUCCUCUCUUUGGUUGAAUCAUUUCAAGAGCUGUCAUGUUGGUUGAAGUAUUUUUAUACCAUAAAGUUUCAGGUGCCAAAUUUUCUCCGUAAAUCUUUCUGAGAACUUGAAGAACUUGGCUUUGAAUUAGUUCAACUUGAUUUGGUGGUGUGUAGCCAUCAAGUGAAGACCGAGCGAUAGUUAUCAGCGUCGGUGACGUUUUCAAGUUCAACAAAAAGUUUUCAAAUUUUGCUAUCAUUUCCUUGAUUUGUUCAUUCGAUGUUUCAUGGUGAGGGAGUUGAUAUUUGUCGUCAUCACAUGUACAACCAGCAUCGUUAACGACAAACCAGUCAAUGUCGAAAAUUGAAUAAUGAUGACAUAAACAUUCAAUCAACUCUUUAACGAGAUCAAAUUUUUCAUCCAUUGAUGGGUCUUCGUACUUGAACUUUUCCAGCGACCCGUUCUGCGCCAUAUGUUGAAAAAUGGAUUCAAAGAACUCAAGUUGAUGAUUUCUCUCAUUAACGUAGCGGGUGAUUGCUUCAGGAUCCUUUUGAUCAUAGCAUUUAUCAACAUGAAAGAUUGCUUUCAGUUUCUCAUAUGUGUUAGCCUUCGGAUAAAUUGCGAUGAAAGGAUUUAACGUACUGAAAUAAUCAAGGUCAAUGUCUAAGAUCCAUUGCUGGCCAUCAUUUAAUUCCAACAACUCUGAUGAUUCGCAAACUUGUAAUGUGACUUUCUUUGCAUUUUUGAGCAGAUUUUCAUUCUUGUACGUUCCAUCAGAUAAGAAAUAUUCCAUUGUUGAACUUACGAAGAUUUUGUCAUCACAAUCUCCAACAGAGAAUUGAUGACGACCAUUUUCAAUCUGACCCGACCAACUUGGACGAACCCAAACAACAUCGUUGAUAUGCUUUGAAUACAUUAAUGGAACAAUCCAAUUUUCAAUGCUUAAACUUUCAAUUAAAAGUUGUCGAUUGCGAACAACUUCCACUGGCAUUUGUCGAGGAACACAGAGAUCAGGAUGUGAAUCGAAAUGAAUCAUUAAAUUGUCUUGAAAUGGGAGAUAACGAUUCGCAAGUGAUGGUAGUAUAAGUUCAAGAACAUCAUUGUGAGCUUCAACAAUAAAUACCGGAAUUUUCUUGAACUUCCGAGCUUUCACCUGGCUUGUCAUUUCAUUUGAUGUCGAUGGCUUUAAUGAUGAUGUCGUCAUUU